UUUACCCAUUUUUAUCAAAACAGUCACUUCCAAUAACUUCCAGAAACUCCUGAAUUUGCGGCCAUGAAUGAUUCUGUAUUUAGUUAUUCGGGUCUUAAUUCCUCCGCUGGAUGAAAGCUGGUUUGUUUUGAGGUCUGAUCAGCUGAUGAUGAUGAUGAUGAUGAUGAUGUUAAUGAUGAUGACAGCAUCUGCGCGCCUGCAGGUGAUUCCUUUAAGACCAGGAGGAGGAGUGCAGCAGGUCGCCACGUUUCCACCGUUACAUUUUCUCUGCCCGGUGACCUGGAGCCUCUUCCUGCUGGUCCUGAUGCUGCCGCCGCCGCUGCUGCUGGGAUCAUGAAGCAGCUCUUCCCUCCCUCUGGUUGCCUCUGGAAACUCGCCUCGUCCAUCAUAUUAAUGGGAUAAUAAUGUGAUUGAUUGGUCAUUUCCGCGGAGAAAUGCUGCUUGCUGCCCGCUGAGAGCGCAGGGAUCUUCAGAGAACUUCCCUCCUGCUGUGAGGAGGAGCCGGACAGCCAGGAGAUUCAUUCAGGUUUUAUUUCCAGCUUCUGCUCCGAGGAGGAAGAGGAGGAACAUGGAGCGCCUCCGCGGCUCUCCGGAGCGCAUCAGGCGGUUCCAGCAGCGGGAGCUUCCGGCUGCGGAUGUGCAUCUCUGCGAGCGGACCGAGCUGUAGCGGAACCGAACCGAGCCGGCUUUCAGCGCGUCCGUGCGUCGCAGUAGAGGAGUGGGGGAGGAGAAAGAGGAGGCAUCUAUGCAAUUUUAUUUUGACUUCGCAUUUUAUUAUGAGCACAGAGGAGGGAGAUGCGGGACCGGCGUGCGGGGAGGCGGCGGGAGCUCCGGCCGCCAAGCAACGCCUCACCUGGGAGGAGAGCGACCCGCUCGGCUCCCAAGGACGUCGGCAGCCCGACGGCGAGGAGGAGCCGCAGCCUGGAGAGGAGGAGGAUGAGGAGGAUGAGGAAGAGGAAGCAGAGGGCCGUGCGCGUGCGGCUGACUCUGAGAAAAUCAGCGGGGAGGAAAACGGGGGCAACACUUCCAGCGAGGAGGGGGCGGUGGGGGGCAGAUGUGGCAAAACGCAGGCGAUGCCUUCAACCUGCAGCAGCGAGACGUGCAUCCCGACCCCGAGCUGCAGGAUCUGCUUCCAGGGAGCGGAACAGGGCGACCUGUUGAACCCGUGCCGCUGUGACGGUUCGGUCCGCUACACCCAUCAGCAGUGUCUGCUGAAGUGGAUCAGCGAACGCGGCUGCUGGACCUGUGAGCUCUGCUGCUAUCGCUUCCAUGUCAUCGCCAUCAACAUGAAGAGACCGUGGCAGUGGCAGCCCAUCACCAUCACGCUGGUGGAGAAGGUCCAGAUCAUCGCCGUGUUUCUGGGUUCGCUCUUCCUGGUGGCCAGCAUCUCCUGGCUGCUCUGGUCGGCUCUCAGUCCGCAGGCCGUCUGGCAGCGCAGAGACGUCCUCUUCCAGAUCUGCUAUGGCAUGUACGGCUUCAUGGACCUGGUCUGCGUAGGCCUGAUUGUCCAUGAGGGGGCAGCAGUGUACAGCGUGUUCAUGCGCUGGCGGGCGGUGAACCUCCACUGGGACGUCCAGAGUUACGACAAGGCCAAGGACAUGGAGGAGACCAGCACCGGCCGCUCCUCGCUGGGCCCCAGGACGCUCUGGUUGCCCCUGGCAACCUUCGGGCCCAGCGGGCCGCUGCACCCCACCCAGCUCGGGUCACGGCCGUGGACCUGCCUCUGUCUGGCCCCGUUCUGCCCGGGGCUGGUGCCGGGAAACAGCCUGAGCCAAGACGCCGACUCAGGGGAGGUGGUCAUCCGCGUGACGUCGGUCUGAGCAUCGACAAGUGGACCUGUAAACCGUCGGCCCGCCGCCCGACCGUCGGCCCGCCGCCCGACCGUCGGCCCGGCCUGGGCAGGUGAACCUUUAGUCUGAACGUUGCUGCCUUUAUUAGUUGCUGCUUUCUGGUGUUUCUGGUGAGUCGGGCUUGUAGUUUGUCCCCAAACCGAUCUCAGCCAGAUAAAGAUGGAUGUGUUCGGUUGGCACUGUGACGUUUUCCUCUCAUCCAUCAUGAGUUUACAUCAGAGCUGGACACUCCUGGUUUACAUGGUAGCAUAUGAGACCAAACUGUUGUUACAUCCGGGUUCUCUGGUACUUUGGCGUCGCAUCAGGAAGGUCAUUUCAGUCCAACUGAAGCAGAAAUCAGUCAGAUUUAGAUUCCUUUGAGGUCAUCAGGUCAAGCAGCUCCUAAAGUCUUGCUGACACUUUAG